GUCAUAAUGUCAUUAUUAAUCUAUAUGGUGUCAUUUAUAACUUGUCAGUGGAACAGCUGACUAACCUCAAAUUGUAAAGCCAAAGUAAAUGGAUUUUAAUUAAAAAUGCUGGCAAAAAUUAUUAAUUUAAAUAAAGUUAUUCGAAAUAAUUGGAAGAAGUCGGUUUUCGGGGCCAUAGCUUUUUACUAUGGGGCGAUGACAGUAAAAGAAAAAUAUGAAAUUAAUUUACUUAUGAGAGCAGCUUGUAAAGAGGCUGCAAAGUAUGGAGACGGAAUGAUUUCUAUAGACGAGAAUCCAAUUCACGUGACUGUCAUCCUGAACCCUGUUGCAAAUAAGAGAAAGGCUAAGCAGGAUUUUGAGAAGUACUGUGAGCCACUCCUCCACUUGGCUGGGCUUCAGGUCGAUGUUAUACAGACAUCCAGUGAGGGAAAUGCAAAGGAGCUAGUUGAAACAUUGAGAGGAACUCAGGCUAUUGUGAUUGCAGGAGGAGAUGGCACUUUGUCUGAAAGUGUAACAGGACUUUUACGCAGAAAUGAUGAUGCAAACCGCUUCCCUCUUGGCAUUCUUCCACUCGGAAGGACAAAUACCAUUGGCAACACACUUUUCCCAAAAGGGGAAGGUGUUCUUCGUGUGAAACAACUCAUUGAUGCUUCUAUGGCUAUAAUAAAAGGCAAUACUGUAUGGAAAGAUGCAAUGAAAAUAGAACCAAUUGAAGAAGAGGAAGAUGAAGGAGUAUUUGGGAAGCCAAUAUAUGCAUUGUGCUCACUUGAGUGGGGAGCUUUUAGAGAUGUUUUGUCCAAGCAACACAAGUACUGGCUGUAUGGCUCACUAAGAGAAUAUGCUGCAUAUGUUUUCAACGGAUACAAACAAUCUCUCAACUGGGACUGCAAAGGUGUGAUAAAAUACAGUCCUCCCUGUGAUGGAUGCAGCAAUUGUAUCAAAAAGCGAACCCAAGUUAAAAGGAAAUGGGCAUUCUUCUUGCCCUCAACGACUUUAGCUGAAGACAAUAAUCCUGCAAAUUUAAUCAACAGUAAAUGUGAGUCUACUGAAGAAGUUUGUUUUAAAACAAGUGAUUUUAGGAUUGUAACUCCCAACUUACAGAAUACUCAAUUGACACCAGCUUUAAGUAUUGGAAUUGGGAAGAAUAAUUACAACUAUACAGACUUUGUGUCUGAAGGCUGGGAUAGAGUCCGAGACAAGAGUAUAAAGAAUGCAAUCCUCGCUCGAAGUGUGAUGCUGUUCCCUAAAGAACACUUUGGCUCCACCAUAAUUGACAUAGACAGAGAAGAGUAUGACGCCAAGCCAAUUAAGAUUACACUAUUACCAAAAGUUGUUAAAUUAUUCUGUAGUAGCAACGAGAAAUAAAGUUGCCAUAAUGUUAAAAAGUAUUGAUAGUUUGAUUUAUAUUAUUCAUGGUGAUCCUGAG